CUUCACUGACACAUACAGUACUAUACCUUCAAGCUAACCGGGUGGCAGCCGGCUUCGAGCUGAGCAUACCCACCAGUUGGAGCUUUCUUCAGAGCACUAGAGAGUAGCACUAGCUUGUGGGGGAUGAAGCAAGGAAGGCGCGGGAGUAAGAAGCAUGGGAGCGGAGCGGCGGCGCUGUGGCUGCUGCUGCCUCUUCUAGUUUUGAUAGUGCUCAAGACAAAUCUCCUGCCACAGUUUGCACGCUAUUCCAUGGUCGGGUCACCACCUUCUGCGGCAUCAACAUCCACACACGGGGUGACCAGCAACGUCGAUGCGACGAAAGCUCUGGCAGCACCGCCAAUAAUAAGCAGCAAGUUGACCUGCAACUUCAGCAAUCAUCAGUCCAACACCUGCAGCAUGGAAGGCGACUUGCGCAUCCAUGGCAAAUCCGCCACUGUGUACGUCGUCUCGGCGUCCACCUACCGUCCGGAAAAUGCGACCAUCAAGCUCCGCCCGUAUGCACGAAAGUGGGAGGACCAGGUGAUGCUGCUGGUUCGUGAGGUCACCAUGCGGUCUAGUCCGCCUGCAGGCAGUGCCGCCGCCGACGACCCACCACCACCACCGCAGUGCUCGGUUCGGCACGACGUGCCGGCAGUGGUUUUCUCUACCGGCGGCUACAACAGGAACUUCUUCCACGUGAUGACCGACGUGAUCAUCCCACUCUACCUGACGGCCCGAGAGUACAAUGGCCACGUCCAGCUGCUUGCCACCGACUACGAGCCCAAGUGGAUCGCCAAGUACAAGGCCAUCCUCGCCGCACUGUCAAGCUACCCAGUCAUAGACUUGGACUCUGAGCCUGAGGACACCGUGCGCUGCUUCCCGUCGGCUCAUGUCGGGCUGGAGAGUCACAAGGAGCUGGGCAUCGUCCCGGGUCUCUCCCACAAGGGCUACACAAUGGUGAGCUUCCGGGACUUCAUCCGCUCCGCCUACUCGCUGCAGCGGCCACGGGUGAGCGCCGGGCGGAAGAAGCCUCGGCUCGUCAUGAUCCUGCGCCGCAACUCGAGGCAGCUCAAGAAUGAAGACGACGCCAUCGCCGCCGCGGCCAAUGUCGGCUUCGAGGUGGUAGCUGCGGGACCAGACGACGUCAGUGACCUGGAGCGGUUCCCCGGGGUGGUCAACUCCUGCGACGUGCUCAUGGGCGUGCACGGUGCUGGGCUGGCCAACAUGCUGUUCCUGCCUCACAACGCCACGGUGGUGCAGAUCAUCCCGUGGGGCGAGCUCAAGUGGGCGUGCCGGCAUUCGUACGGAGACCCCGUGCCAGACAUGGGACUCCGUUAUCUCGAGUACGAGGCCACAGCGGAGGAGACCUCGUUGAAGGACAGCUACCCCCGCGACCACGCCGUGUUUACCGACCCGCUCUCAAUACAUCGCCAGGGAUUUGACAAGAUGUGGAACAUCUUCAUCAACGGACAGCACGUCAUCGUAGACAUCGACCGAUUCACAGGGUUCAUGAAGCAACUGUACCAGUCCAUCACGACGGAGUAGAGUACGUAGACAUAAAUUGACCUGGUGGUCGAUCUGAUCAAUGUGAGAUGAUAAAUGUGAAAUUCUCAGCAGGUGACCUAAUUAAAUAUGUACUAGUCUAUCAAUUCUAAAUUGUAGCUUAUUUUGGUUUUA